AUGGCCAUUACAAGAUCCUCAACUAAGAAAGCAAAAGCAAGCAGCAAUCUUGUUUCUGUCCUGCCUCCAGAAGUUAUUGAAUGGGAGAUACUGCCUAGACUUCCUGUGAAAUCACUUUUGCGGUUUAAACAUGUUUGUAAAUCCUGGAAUUUGCUUAUCUCAACCGACCAUAAUUUCGUCAAGACGCAGCUUCAUCAUAACCUCAGCAGAGACUCUCUCAUACUGCAUCAAGUAAGUUUCUAUAACUCUUUUGUAGUUGGUUGCAUUGAUGGAUUAGUAUGUGUCUUCCGUUGGGUCAAGGAUGCUUCAAAAGUGGAUAUUGUGAUUUGGAAUCCUGCCACAAAUCUAUGUUUGGUGAUACCACCUCUUCCGAAGAGAAGUGUUCGAAGAUAUGAUGUCCUUUUAGGAUUUGGUUAUGAUUCGGUGGAGAAUGAUUUUAAGGUAAUGAAUGGUUCCCUGAUCGAAGAAAAACCAUUAGCAGUUGAUGUAUAUUCAUGCAAAGCUGCUUGUUGGAAGAAAAUAGCUCCCUCCAACAUCCUUUACCGCGGGGAAAUUUAUCCAAAAAGGAAGCCAAUAAUUUUCAAUGGAUCUCCUUUUUGGUUGAAUGAGAAGAGGCAGGAUGCUGAAAUCAGUCUGGUUGUGAUAUCGUUUGAUGUUCGGCUCGAGGUUUUCAGGUUGCUGCCUAGUUUCAGUUGUAUUGACAAAAACAAAUUAAAAACAUUUGUUCUCAUGAAUUUCAUGGAUUCUUUGGCCAUCAUGGUGUUGUAA